CAUCAGCAGACCGCUGCUCACAGGAGACAUGGGACCGUGGAGUCACCGAGGGGGGGCAACUCUUCUCAGCGACUCACCACAACAACUCAACCCAGAGGAAGGAAGUCUUCUCUAGCCGAACAUGUUGACUGGAGCCUCUACUUUUCCCACCUGCGUUUCUCAUUUUUUACUCAAUACAAGCACCGGAAGGGAAACAACUUUAAUGACAUCCGCGCAUUUUUGACACCUGCGGCUAAAGUGCCACACCUUCGCUUAGCACGACAGCUCCUCGACACAGCUGGCCAAAUGGGGUGCCGAUGCUGCAGGAUGAUAAAAAGCUACAUCUACGACCCGUCGGUAGCGGUGGAUGUGAAGGCCGACUCUGCAGACAGCUCGCUCUACCAGCCCCACCACUAUCCAGGCGGGGCGGCCAGGAGCGACCAGCUCAGCAGCCACAACAAGCAGAAGCAGGGCUUCCACAACCUGGGCUACAACAAGUCCAACGACAGCACGCUGAAGCUGGAGGCCGACAACAACCAGGUCAACCACCGACUGCACCGACCUUCACCUGCGAACGAGCUGCACCGUCAGAGCAGCACGCCGCCUGCAGAGGGCGAGCUGUACAUCAUCCAACCGGAAACCGUGGGACCGCGAUGGGUCAUACAUGAUAACGGGCCGAGCCAGGUGCCCGUUUACCCCAACAUACAGGAGUAUGAGAACCAGAGGAACUAUGGCAAACAGGGACACCGAACGACAGGAGACGGGUUUGACGGCUCCAUCACCGAAAUCAGCAGCAAAAGCCAGUCAACAGACGAGAUAGACGAGGGCGUGGUCGCGACGCCUGAGUACCCCUGCGACACGGGGGACGAAAGUAGCGUCUUGUCAGUGGACAUCCACACCAGCACCACCAGCUUGUCCUCAGCCGACACGAGGGACGAGCUCACGCUGCCAAAGACUCCAGACGCUUCCACCGAGGAGAGUGGAAUCUCUGUGACGAAGAGCGAGGACGAGGAGGAGGACGUGAGGGAGGAGGAAGUACAGAGCGUCACGGACUCGAUGGUGGCAGAGGCUCUCGCUGCUUUGGAGGCCGCCACUGCAGGGGAGGAUUUCGAGUGACUGAUCUGUGACUGCUUUCUCUCACUGACCACGGUGGAACUCAACAGACUUCCAAACCACAAUGAAUCUUUGCCACGGCUCUGACAAAUAAUGUUUUUAUGUAAGAACAUGAAUGAAUGAAGGAAAACUCUGUUUACAAAAAGAUUAAUUUUUGAACUCUUGGGUAUUUUUUUAUUGUGGUCACGAUGACGGAAGAUAACGCCUGCCUUGGGAGGAAGGCGACAUUUUCGACGCUGCGAGGUUUUGCAGAAAACCGCAACUGAAGAGACAUCAGUGUGCAGACUGAUUAUUACCUGCAUCCAUGUUCUAGUGUAUUUAACACUCCACACUCCUAAUAAUGUGCUCACUCACUGCUUUGCCAUGUCCAUACUGCACACCACAUGUUAAUUUUAUUGAAUUAGGAGCAUAGUGUCGCUAAAUGUUAGCAUAGAGUCAAUAUUUUCAGCACGAUCCCCACAACUUCCGACUUCUUCAGGAAUCUCAUCCCUGUUUCAUUGAGCAGGUGAAAGAGGAAAGGUCAUCACAUUAUUUUUUAUACGCUACUCUUGUUUUUGUUCCUAUUUUGUGUGCUCUUGUUAUUUAUGAAAUAUUCACACUUUUUUUUGAUUUAUUGUGAGAAAAACAGGACGUUGCAAAAGACGAGUAUGAGAGCACAAGGACGAGGAAGCAUUUCUUUUACAUAUCUCUUUCCACUUGUAUGUCAUCACUGAGCUCAGUGUAAAGCAGAAUGAAUAUUUUAUGUUUUAUUUGAAAUAAUUAUCAAAAAAUAACUUACUUCAGACACAUACUCUAAUUUUAUUGACAGUUACAAACACCAUUGCUCUGAAAAUCUUUUAGAAAUAAGACUAUUCCUCAUUUCGUGACGUAUCGGUGAAACACAUCAGACCCAGCUGCACUUAUUUAGAUUCUGAUCUUUUCCAGCUAUGGAUUAACAAGACCAGCUAAUGUCAAACCACUGCUGACUAAACCACAGAGGGGCCAUCAUUUCACCCGACAAUCAGUUUGUUUUCUGUUUUAUAGGUCAGGCUUUGUGUUUCUGGUUAGGCCUGUGACAUUAGUUCAGCUCAUGUGCCUAAAAAUGAGCUAAUUGAGGCUAGACAUGCUAAACACAAAUAUGGCUUGCUAUAAAUAAGCUGUUUGCUCAGUUAACGCUGUGUUUAAUUUACCUCGGAAGUUGGAGAUUGGAAUAGUAUCACACCUGAGUUGAACGAGUUCCAGUAAAACAAGUCGAAAAAUAAAGUUGCCUCUAGGAAAGCUCUUGUUUUCAGGUUAGUGACACCAGUUGAUAGCAUACACUACCAUUCAAAAAUUUGGGCUUUAUUGAAAGAAAAGAAAUGAAGAUUACAUUAAAUGAAUCAGAAAUACAAUCUAGACAUUGAUAUUGUGGUAAAUACUGUUUCUAGCUGGAAACAGCUGAUUUUUAAUGGAAUAUCUCCAUAGGGAUACAGAGGAACAUUUCCAGCAACCAUCACUCCUGUGUUCUAAUGCUACAUUGUGUUAGCUAAUGGUGUUGAAAGUUUAAUUGAUGAUUAGAAAUCCCUUGUGCAGUUAUGUUAGCAGGUGAAUAAAAGUGUGAAUUUUCAUGGAAAACAUUAAAUUGUUUGGGUGACCCCAAACUUUUGAACGGUAGUGUAUGCACAUACAAGCACCGUAGCACCAUGUCAAUAAAUAGAAGCUGGACAGUACAGUAUGUGAGACUGAGACUGACCAGCCGUCUUUCUCCAACUUUCUGAUUCUGAAAUCUGACUACAUGAAGCGAAACCUACCCGGUUCAAAUAUAACGUACUAUAAGUUUUGAAUUUGUUUCAGUGGAACUCAAUUUUCAGCCAUUGUUUGCCUGCCAAAUCAUUUCUACUUAUAUUUGUAUUGCAAAAUAAAAAAGGUACUUUAAAGUUAAA